GCGAUAAUCGUUGCGGUGCCUGUGCAGCUCUGUGUUGGUUUAGUUCCAGUUCUCAUCAUGAAUGCAGUCUGUCUUCUCUUCGCUCUGUGUGUACUUUCUACUGUUGUGGUGCAAGUGAAGCUUGAAGCCGCUACAAGUGCUUACCUGCAAUGCACGUCUACAGAAUCCACUCUGCUUGUUCAAUACAACAAAGACCUGAAAGAUUGUACCAACGACUGCCUCUGCAAUGACGAGAAGGUUUUGUUUGCUGAUGACUUUGAGAGAGGGUUACAGAUCACCAAGUGGCCCAAGUCGUACAACGGGCGUGUUGUCGCGGAUCCAACAAACAGUCGAAAUCACGUACUCGGAUUUUCUCGCUGCAAGUAUGCUGGUGACACUUUUUCCGUUCCGUUUAAAACAACAACAGAAUAUUACAGAGUGGAUUUUGACUAUUACAUGCCAGCUGCAGCUCGAGUGACCAUAACAGACAGCGGAUGGAUGGGUUUCAGUGUAGACUUUCCCGGGAGCCACAUCUGGACUUUCACUGGCCACGCGCCAUAUCACCAAUCUUUGGCCGUGGCUGGAUCAACAAAUGGAAAGUGGAAGCAUUACAGUUUCUUGUAUCGUGUCCAGCUGCCUGGCUACAACUGGAUAAGCAAUCCUUCUCACAUGCGUGUUAUGUUAGAGGAAACAGGACGAACGGGAUCGAAUUGUGGGCACGCCUUGUUUGAUAACGUCGUCGUGAAAGAGGCAAAAGUGUGCAGCAAGGGUGUUCUCUUCUAUGACGAUUUUGAACAUGGAUAUCUUAGUUCCCGUUUAUGGCCCAGAAACAUUAACGGCUAUGUUACAAGUGAUUCUACAAACAAAGUGCUAAAGUUUAGUCAUUGUCGAGGUGGCGGAGACGCAUUUUCGAAUGCAUUCUCUUGCUCCACUGGAUAUUACAGAAUAACUUUCGACUACAAACAGACGGUCGCUCCGGCUCACCCAUACAAUGAUGGAGGAUUCUUGGGCGUCGCAAACGGAUUUCCUGGCCAUAACCAGUGGUUCUUUGGUUCAAACCCAAACUUCCCGGGGCUCCAACACAAUCUGGGUUACAAUUCUGGUCAGUGGAGACGUUAUUCACGCAUUGUGAGAGUUUCACCAGGUACACACCAGUUUACUCACGGAGGAACGGGGCUCUCAGAUUCUAUUCGACUCAUUGUGGAGCAGUACGGCAGUAAAAACUGUGGUACGGUUUCGUAUGAUAACAUUCUUGUUGAGUGCGUUGCUUUCGGCUGCGACUGUAACUAGAAACAAAGAGGUUGAUAUGAACUGAGAAUGGAAUGGGAAGUAUUAUUUUUGUUUUGGGUUAAUUGCUGUUUGCUUCUGCUCAUGUAUUGUUUAGUACUUUUGUUGAUGUUAACAGUUGAGGCUAAAAUAUAUAGCGUUCUGCAGUA